CAUUGUUUAGUAGAGGUCAUUUGCUAUACUGCAUUGUUACAAGCUUUAUAUAAAACUAGGAAUUGUAACAUUGGUGCAUGUGAUACACUGACCGUUUUCAUGUAAUAUGCUAUAGUAGGCAGAGGCUAGUUUAAUUAUAGUCUACUAACUGGUAAAUAGAGAUGACAUUAAAGCUCAUUAGUGUUCUUCUGAUUUGCUUUCUGGCUGGCUUCAGCACUGCCCAAUAUUCAGUGAGUGUGGAGAGACCAUGUCCAAUGGAAACAGUCACUUUCACCUGCACUGCUGCUGGAAAUGCCUUGAGAUGGGUACUGUCAGAUGUUACUGACAUCGAUAUCCUCUCCAUCUCUGAUAUCAACGUACCCAUUGUUGUAUCAGGUUACACUGUGACACUGAUCGCAUUCAAUGACACUACAUUAACAUCUACUCUGUCAAGAACAGCAGAGAAUGGGAUCACUGUGUUCUGUGUGGACCCACUGCCUAUUUUAACCAAUAUAGGAUCUUCAACGAUCCGAUUGGUUGAUCCACCAGGGCCACCUUCCACCAUAAGACACUCCACUCUGAGCAGCUCAGCAGAUGCAGUCAGUGUAUCUGUACAGUGGGACCCUCCAACUGAGAUUGAUGGUAGAGAUGACCUCACCUACACAGUGACCAUCUCACCUCUGGCCCAGCUCUCUGCUACUGUCCUCACAUCCACCUCUGCUACUGUGACUGCUCAAUACAAUGUAGACUACACUGUCAGUGUUGUGGCUACUAACUGUGCUGGGAACAGUACAACAGCUGAGUACAACUUUAGGAUCGGUGGCUGUCCUGUGUUGUUAAUCAACCUCAUGAAUGGAGCGUUUGGACCAGUCUCCAGCAGAUUGCCAGGAUCCAUAGUAACCAUCCAGUGUGACGAUGGAUAUAUAUCUGCUGUUACUAGGGUGACAUGUGAGGGUACACUGAUGUGGAGUCCAGACCCUGAGGCUAUUGAGUGUACAUCACUAACCACACCUACUCCCACCACUCCCCCUCCAAUGGACUGCACGGCUCCACUAUUCUCACCACAGAAUGGCACCAUCAGUGAUCAUUCGGUACCAGCUAUUCCUGGUAGGCAAGUGGCUUUUCAGUGUGAAAAUGGACUGUUCCCUGAGGGAAUAAUGACUGCCACCUGUCUAGCUACAGGAGAGUGGGACAAAAAUCCGGGGGAGAUUAUCUGCAGAUAUGAGUCUAUUUCCUGUCUUCUGCCUGGCCCUCUACUUAAUGGAGCAUUACUCAGCACCAACUGUCAGAACACUAACCUAGUUGAGGGCUCAGUCAUUACUUUCCAGUGUGAUCCUGGGUUCUCACUGGUGGGUGCAGAGACUGCCACUUGUAACAACUCCGGUCUCUGGGAUCCUAACCCGGCUCGAUUGGAGUGUGUAUCUAGAAUUCAAUCACCCAUCCUAUUUACCGGAGAGAUUCUUUCUAUCAGUGUGGUUGUCACGGCAGUUGCUUUCAUAGUCAUAGGAUUCCUCGCUGGACUCCUAGUGAUGCACCUUUGCUCUCGUAAGAAGGCAGUGUACUUCCCAGCAACUAAAGGACAAGCUAACGUAAGACCCACUGCACAGCCAGCUGGUCCUAUUUAUGAAGAGGUGUCACCCAAAGAGGAGAUUGAACUAAACACUAACCAAGCAUAUGGACCAUUAGGACUGUGAAGAUUACUAGUGGGUAACAUUCUCGCAGGCAAAAUGAUCGGGUAUUAUAGUAUAAUUAUUAUAGUGUGUUUAUAUAGCAAUUUUUUCCAGAAAAACAUUUGCAAUG